UAGAUGUUGCUAAAACUUCCCAUAGAUUACGUAGGGUCAACAAACUUAGUAGGAAAGACCCCCCAAAAAAAAGAAAAAAAAAAACAGUAGGAACAAAAUAAAUUAGUUUACCAUUCAUUUUCAAGAAUGGAUUCCAUUAGGUUUAUGUUGGUUUUCUUGAUUUCUCUUGUGGUCUUGAUCACCACAAAGGCAAAUCGUACUGAAUCGGACGACGUCGUUUGGCGAAAGCGCGCAUUACUAGCCAGGCGAGCUGCUCAAGAGGCCUAUCAACCAAAUCCUGAUAUUGUACUAAAUCAUUUCAAUAAGCAUGUUCAUAAGUCCUUGGAAGGAACAAACACGACAAGAAGAAACCUAACCGCAAUCCCUCACGUGGGAUGCGAGGCCACAAACCCUAUCGACCAAUGUUGGAGGUGCGACAAAAAUUGGGAAACAAACCGGAAAAAGCUAGCCGAUUGCGCCCUAGGGUUCGGGCGCCACGUGACCGGAGGCAAGGCCGGGAAGAUCUACGUGGUGACGGACCCCUCGGACAACGACCUAGUGAACCCUAAAAAGGGAACCCUGAGGCACGCCGUGAUCCAGACGGAGCCGCUGUGGAUCAUAUUCGCGCGCAACAUGGUGAUCCGGCUCUCGCAGGAGCUGAUCGUCACGUGCAACAAGACCAUCGACGGGCGCGGGGCCCAAAUCCACAUCACCAAGGGCGCCGGCUUCACCAUCCAAUACGUGAGCAACAUCAUCAUACACAACAUCAAGAUCUACGACAUCAAGGUGGGCAACGGCGGCAUGAUCAGGGACUCGCUCUCCCACUACGGCCAGCGCGGCCAGAGCGACGGCGACGCCAUUUCUGUGUUCGGAUCCUCCAACAUCUGGCUCGACCACCUGUCCCUCUCCAGCUGCUACGAUGGCCUCAUCGAUGUCGUCAAAUCCUCCACGGCCGUCACCAUCUCAAAUUGCCAUUUCGCUCGCCACAAUGAUGUUUUGCUAUUUGGGGCAAGUGAUAGCUACUCGGAUGAUAAGAUCAUGCAAGUAACGGUGGCGUUUAACCAUUUUGGGAAAGGGUUAAUACAGAGAAUGCCGCGGGUGAGGUGGGGGUUCGCGCACAUCGUUAACAACGACUACACCAAGUGGGAAAUGUACGCCAUGGGCGGAAGCCAAGGCCCCACCAUACUCAGCCAAGGCAACCGCUUUGUCGCCCCGGAUAACAAGGCCGCCAAAGAGGUGACGAAGAGAGAAUAUACAGCGGAGAGUGUGUGGAAGAAUUGGGUGUGGAAAUCGGAGGGAGAUGUGAUGCAAAAUGGGGCAUUUUUCGUGCAAUCUGGAGAUCCGCAUCACAAGUUUGUACAAGGCGCUGAGACUAUUGCACCUAAACCUGGCCACUUUGCAAGCACGCUUUCGCGAUACGCCGGCCAUUUGAAAUGCAUUCCCGGAAAGCCUUGCUAAUUAAGAAUUAAUCAGUUUUAAUUGGAUUUAAUCAAGAUGGCCACAUUUAUAUUUAAUCACGAGAAAUCAAUUCUACUACUUCAAACUCAGAUGUUAGUUGAUGUAUAUAAUAUUCUGCAUAUUAAUGUAAAAUUCGUGGACCAUGUAAAUUUUCUCGCAAUAGUAAGAAUCAUUAUAUUAGUUUAACUUUAUUA